CCGGAAGUGGUCGGGUUUGCUGACGUGUUGAGAGGCGCUCCGAUGAUCCUGCGGAGUGUGGCGGGUGGAUAGCCGGCAUGGAGGUCCUUUACCAUCAGACCAACAAGCAGAUCCAUGAAGUUCAAUCGUACAUGGGCCGUCUGGAAACCUCAGACAAGGAGUCUGUUCAUUUGGUAGAAAAUGAAAUUCAGGCACGAAUAGACAGAAUUUUUAGCAAUUUAGACCGGCUGGAAAUCUUCUGCAGCAAGGAACCUCCAAACAAGCGGCAAAAUGCCAAACUCCGGGUUGACCAGUUGAAAUAUGACAUUCAGCAUCUGCAGACAGGAUUGCGAAAUUUCCAGCAUCGCCGUUAUGCACGGGAGCAGCAAGAAAGACAACGUGAGGAGCUUCUGACUCGAACGUUCACCACUAAUGAUUCUGACACCACCAUUCCAAUUGACGAAACAUUACAAUUUAAUGAAUCCCUUCAAAAUGCACACCGUGGCAUGGAUGAUCUUAUUGGCAGCGGAACCAGCAUCCUACAGGGCCUGAGGGAUCAGAGAGUGACAUUAAAGGGCACCCACAAGAAAAUAAUGGAUGUUGCCAAUAUGCUCGGUUUAUCUAAUACAGUCAUGCGUCUCAUUGAGAAACGUGCCUUCCAGGAUAAGUACUUCAUGAUUGGUGGCAUGCUGGUGACAUGCGUAAUCAUGUUCCUCGUAGUGCAGUAUUUUACUUGAAAGGCUAAAGAACACGCUACCGGACUGGGUUGGACUUCCUUUCUACUCUGACUUCCAGCAUAACUGUGAAUCUCCUGGAUUGGCUACAGCUGCCAUGUGACUCAUACGAUGCUCGAGUUGAGUGGCUUUUAUAGAUUCUGCCGUUGGUGUGCAGAGAUGCUUAUCUACACAACACCAUCAUUUUCAGUCAUUUAGCGGGCAUGUUGCCCAUGUGACUCUCAGGCUUAGUCGACGAGGGCAUGAGUUGUCUCCUUUAUUUCUCUUAAUAAUCCUGGCAUAAGUUAUAAAGCCUCUCAACAAAGUGCUCAACAAAGAAAGUAUUACUAUUGGAUCUAUAGAUUUCAUAGUUCCUCAAGAUCUAGAUGUCUAUGAAUACUGUAAUUAUUGGUGAAAAUGAAGCCGCUUGGCUUGAAGGACUUGUUGGCUUAACUUAUUGCAGGUGUGGGACAUAGGGAGACUGUCUUGUUCCCAGCAAUGAUUAAAAUAAAUAGAAAUCCUUUUAGUCCAUGUGCAAUGGUGAUGGUUUUUGAUAAUUAUAGAUUCUGUGUCUAUCAUUUGUCUAGCGUAAACAGACUGUGAAGACUAGCUGAACAAUAGUGUAGUAACUCACUUUGAAGUAAACAAUGGAUGUGUUAGGGACCAUGAUAAUUUAGAUACAUGUGCUAAUGCUCUCUGUAGCAGAAUCCUGCUUUUAGUAUUGGGAAAGAAGUGUGGGACUUGCUGCUUACCAUACAAGGGAAUAACAAACUUCCUUACAAAAUGCAUUUAUAUGUGUGUGUUUUUUAAAAAAUUUAUACUUAGAAUCACUGGUUCACAGUUUAUCCAUUGUAUUUGUCACAGAAGUGUCAUCUUUUAAUCCCCCAGCUUUUUAUGCAUUCAGUUUCUUCUAUUUUUCAUGAAUGCAAAAUUCAUUAAUUAUUUCUGCAAUUUUAUGCUCCAAAAAAGCUCUGAACUUUUUAUACCGUGAGAUUUAACAAGAUGAAUUUAGCCACUUUUAAGUCUAAAGUAUAUAAUUCCUAAUGGAUUUGGGGAAGGGGGCUGGGGUGAUAUUGAAAUCUUGUGCAGAUCUCCCAAAAAACAGAGUUAAAUCGAAAACUUCCAGGUAAAUGCAUAUAAACUAGUAUUUUGAUAUCUCAAAUCCAUUGUUCUUUUUUCCAAUAGGGCCAAUAUUAUUGUUCUAUUUGAAAAACCUGAUUGUGAGUAAAUGAACAGCAUAGAUGUUGUUCUACAUUACAGCAAAUUAUGUGGGCUGUUCUGUAUUGUAAAUCUCAAAGAUUUCAAGAAAUCCUUAUAGCUGACAUAUCCUGUAUUGUGAAUUUUCUGAUUGCAAAUGACUGUUAGUUGGCCCAGGUUAAUUGGACUGACUGUCCAAUUAACCUGGGCCAACUAAGGUAUAUUAUCAAGGCUUAACUGCCAUUUUCUACAUUCCCAAAUUCAUUAAUACUACUAUAUGCUAAAAUAGACAUCCAGGCAUCAUGUACAAAUUGCAAUCUGGCCAUGUUCCUGAUAACAAUUUAUUUUAUUCUUGCUCUAUUUUUACUGAUAAGAAUAUUGUUUCAGUAAGUUUAAGAAGAUUAGAAAUACUUUCAAAACAGAUAUGGAAAAUAUUCAACAGUAAUUAUAGCUUCAUUCUGUAUUUCCCCCCCUUAUGCUGUAUUGACCUACACUUUUAAAUUAAAGUUCCUUUUUUUCCUUUAAAGAGUCACAUGCUUUGCCUUACAGGAAGUAUUUAAUUGAAAUAUGACUAGAUGUUAAUUAAGUUUAUUGUCAUGCUAUAUCAUGCAUUUUUUAAAAGGUAAAAUAUGAAGUACGGAUUUACGUGGUGAAAGAUUUUUUUUGAAGGAUGUAUUUCUGAGUGGGAGGGAUACUAUGAGAACAAAUUGUAUUAGAUAUUGGAAAGCCCUUGAAUCUUAAUUUUCAAAUUAAUGUUAUCUUUAGAAACAUUCAGUCUGCCUUACGAAGCCCUUAGUAAUGGUAGGUAUAAUAUAAGUAAACAGAUUAUUAUAAACAGCCAUAAAUGGAGGUAACUGGAACUUUAAACAUAGAUCCUUAAAAUGAAUUAGAGAGCUUGCAUAGGCAGUAGAAUUAUACAUGAAAAAAUUGAAAAAAGAUUGAAAGCCUCUAAAUGUGUAUGGGUAUGUGGCAGAAUACUCUAUGUACCUCCAAAUUUGUGGAAUGCUGGCAACAGUAUGUUGGCUUGCAUAUUGCACAAAUCUCGUGAUGGGAUCCUACUGGUUUAACAACAGGUUCGAUGAUCGUGCGCACAUGCACAGUUUUGAGAAAAAGCACCUUCUGCAUUAUUGCUGGGGAGGAAAAUAGCUGAGAUGUGGCAAUCUGCUCUGCUGCGGGACUCAGUUGGGAAAAUAUAGGUGAGUUAAGCGCAGGGGCAGGUGGCUGGGCAGGUAGGCACACUUCAUUGUUGGAGUGAGCCGGUUCGUUCCCAGCUGAGCUACUGGUUCACCCGAACUGGUCCAAUGGUAGAAUCCCACCCUUGCCUAAAUCAGACAUGCAUCUGAGGCUGUUC